AUGUUUUCUAAUUUUAAAAAUGUAUUGCAAAUUUUGCCGAAAACUAUUUUAGGUGCUAAUAAAAAAAUAAUAUUAAAUAAUUUAAAAAUUUUACCUUCUAAUCACGUCCGAUAUAAAAACUCCGAGUCCAAAAAUUUUGCAAAUGAAUUGCCUGGCGGUAUUUCUUCCAGGUAUGAGAAAUUUUCAGAAGAUGAUGCUCCUAUUAUUCUAGAUGUAGAAGAAGAACAAAAAAAAAUCGAUGAAUCAAUUGUGGAAAAACGCUACGUUAAAUUUGACGAAAUGAAUCUUGAAAGAGGUAUUAAAGGAGUUUUCGAUAUUGAAGAACUUGUAGAGGUAUUAAGAAAAGAAAAAGCUGAAGAUAUAUUUGUCGUGUCUGUUCCUCCAGAAUAUCAAUAUGCUGAUUACCUAACAAUAGUUACUGCUCGUUCUGCCAGACACAUGUCUGCACUCACAGAAUAUGUUUUAAAAUUGUAUAAAAAAAAGAUGGGUUCAACAGAUAGAGUACCUACAAUUGAAGGAAAAGGAUCGCAAGACUGGAUGGCUUUAGAUAUUGGGAAUAUAAUUCUUCAUGUUUUUGAGCAGUCAGCUAGGGAAUAUUAUGAUUUAGAAACACUCUGGUCAGUUGGUAAAGAAUAUGAUUCAAAAUCUAAUAGUGACGAUGUUUCUAUUAAAACAAUAAAAGAUUAUUCUAGUAUGUUAGCAAAUUUAGUUCCAGAUGAAAAGUGA